CUCACGUCCAACAAAAUUUCCCCGGUUAUGCAAGCUUUCGCAUCAUGGCGGUUACGAUGGCAAUCUUGUUCAUUUCAGCGAAGCUUUUAUUCGUCGAAAGCAGCAACACAGUUGGAUCAGCUGCAUCACUUGGCAGCCGCAGUCAAUCAAACGCAAAGCACUACUGAGAAGCGUGCAUUACUUAAUCGAUUUCCUGGUUGCAACCCUAUACUGAAGCGUAUCUACGAUCCUCACCUACGGCUCUUUAUUUCCUCGAAAUCUGUGCGUCGCCAUAUUGAUCGUUUGCAAGCAUCGGACAAGGUCCCCACGACGUCGGCAUAUACCUUGACUGAACUUUUAGACGCGCUUUCUUCACGGCGUUUAUCGGGCCACGCUGCGCUGGAUGCAGCCGCUGCAUUCUUUUUAACACACUGUGACACCGAAGCGAGACAGCAAAUAUUUUGGCGUGUCCUGGAUCGGAAUCUGAAGAUGGGAGUGUCGGUUCAAACGGUUUCACGGAUCAUGCCCAAUGAAAACGACGAUCCAUUGGAUCGACGAAAAAAGCACCCUUUUACAGUAGCCUUGGCCCACGCCAUUCAUCCGGGUGAGGAAUGCAAGCUGUGGUCCGCUCAAUACAGGCAACAUGACUGGUAUGCGUCACGAAAGUUGGACGGGGUGCGUUGUCUUGCUGUUAUCACCCGUGGAAACGCAUGCAAUGAUCAUGACAUUCGGUUUUAUUCGCGCACGGGUCGUGAAUUCAACAGUUUACAAAAAGUCGAAGCCAAUAUCCGUGACAGGCUCACGGCAGUAGAGGAAAACGAUAUUGUGCUCGAUGGUGAAAUCUGUGUGUAUCCUUCCCCGCACGACACCACGCGUGAAGAUUUUCUGACAGCGGUGCGGCAGAUCCGAAAUCGGCAGCAUCCUAUGGAAAACCCCGUAUACCAAGUUUUUGAUUUGAUCCCUCGCCAUGGCUUUCGAGAAGGAGCGGACAGCACAUUAUUUUGCGAUCGGCAGGCACGAUUAGCAGCAUUUAUAGGCGAUUCGCUUCCACAUCUGAGGCGAGUGACGCAAGUGAAGCUCCAGUCAAUGGAGGACUUGAAGUCGAUCGUUGAAAAUUCCAUCAUCAACGGUUGGGAAGGGUUAAUAGUACGGAAUAAUACUCCGUAUGAAGGCAAACGUAACAGAAACAUGGUCAAAAUCAAGCAAUGGGAAGAUGCCGAGUACACUGUUCAAGAUAUCGAAACGGGGCUUAUGCGAAUGCCAGAUACCGGUAAAAAUGAGUGUGUUAUGACCAGCGUCCUUAUCAAGCAUAAAGGAAAUACCGUGAAUGUGGGAUCAGGGUUUUCUUUACGUCAACGUCAACUUUAUGCACAAGAUCCGGAAUUAAUCAAAGGCAAACCUAUCACCGUACGAUAUUUCUCGGAGUCAAUUACUGAAAACGGGCUGCCAUCUCUACGCUUUCCAUCCGUAAAGGCCGUUUAUGAGGAAGGAAAACGCGACACUUGAAAAAAAAAAGAAUUGCAUUUGUAUAGUAUCUCUAUUUCCCUUUUUAUAUAUGUAAAUAUUAUGUGGCGUUGGGUGUUGGCAUUCCAAAUCAUGUAAAAACAAGAUAAAACAUGGGACGCCAUCGCUGUGAUG